CGAUCCCUAAAUUGGUUCCCGCGAGUGGUAACCGACUCCAGAGAGAUCCGUCAUGGCUCGACAGAGGACCGCCUCAACCUCCUCUGUAACCACCGUGACUCUUCAAACCCCUGACCAUCCUCUCCUACAGAAACAUCCGCCACAAACACUGGUUCUCCGGCUGAACCGGAAGAAGAAUGUGUCAUGGAAGGAGGGCACCGUGGACAACGAAUUCAUGCAGAAGAAAAGCUCCAAGAAGUGCUGUAUCUUCCACAAGCAGAAGCCCUUCGACGGGGACGACAGUGGCGAUGAACACGAUCAUGUUCACGAUGAUCACCGGUCACAAUCAUGAUCACGAUCACAACGACCAUCAAUCCGACGCCCAGUCUUCGUUGAACGACCGCUGACAUCUUGAUUGUGAGUUUGUGAAAUCAAAUCAAAUCAUAUGUUGAUUCUGAUUUUUUUUUUUUUUUGUAUCUGUAAAUCCAGAUUUAAAACCAUAUCUGUUGAUAUUCGAGUAUUAAUAACUGCUGCAAUUUAUAACUGUGAGGAUACACAUAGCUUUGAGUAGUGAUUGGUGGAAUCAUUCCCUCGGAUUUUGGGGGAUUCAGUACUGUUUUCAUCCUGUUUUUUAAUACAAAUUGAGAUUUUCUCU